GCGUGUCUUCCAUCGUGCGGCCGGCAGACCAUGACACCGGACCAAAAGCAGGCCAAGGUCGCGCCGCCUUCGGUGCUGGUGCCAGAGGCGCUCGACGUCAUUGCGCGCUCUGUGCAGGACCAGCGCACACUCGACGCCUUCCUUACUGCGAUGCCCACGCCGAUGCUGUCGCAAGCGCUCGUCGCCUUGCAGGACCUCGUCGCGACGCCCGAUACGUCGCUUCUCUUGGACUGGCCCACGAUCGUGCUGCGCCGUGCGCCCACAUUGGCGUCGACGAUGGCGAACAUGCGUGCGCUUUUGCCGCUACAGCCGUCGCUCUCGGCGGUUGCAGUCUCGGGCACCGACCUCGUCUACCUCGG